AUGAAGUUGCUUGCCGGCUUGGCUGUCGCGGCCUGCGUGGCCAGCUCGGCCGCUGCCACUGCUGCAUCGGCGCCCGUCUACCUCCUUCGAUCAUCACCAUCUUCGUCAUCCUCGCCCUCCUCUUCCUCUACCUCGCCCAACCUGCCCCGCCAGAUUGUUCGCCAGAUCCUGCUGCGGCGGUUAGGGGCCAGCGACGGCAGCAGCUUUUACGACAGCCUCCCGCGCGACAUUGACCCCGAGGCCGCGCUCGGCCUGAUUGAGCAGUUUGGCAGCAAGGCGACGCGUGCAGGGCCUGCACUGUUUGCCGAGGACGCGUCAUCCGCAGCAGCAGCAGCAGUAUCGGGCGAGAUGCUUUUGGUGGUGCAGGGCGCCCAGCCCGAGCAUGUCGCCGCCCUCGAGGCCGCGCUGCCGACCGCGUUUGCCAAGCCGGCGUUCACGGUCGCCGACCCGCCGUCCGAGGCGGCGAACACCCGUUUCUUCGUGGACGAGCUGGCCAGUGUGGGCGUUGUGGCUCACACGGGAACGUCGGUCUGGGGGCACGGCCUCUUUGUCGGUCUCUACGAUGCGAAAAAGGACGCAACGAUUGUCGAUGCCCUUGUGGCCGCGCUCCCCGAUAUUGUUACGCUUGUCGAGUCCGGCGCCGCCGACGUCGCCCUCCUGCUGCUGCCCGAGUCCAGCCGCUACGCCCAGUGGAAGCAGUGGGCCUCCAGCAAGGGCCUGCAGCCCGCAAACGCCCGCCUCCUGCCGCCCAAGGCCCGCCCGGCUGCCUCGGAGCUGCGCAUCCGCAGCGCCGGCUCCGAGUUUGUCAUGGAAGAGGAGACGGAGGUGAAGGAGGAGGAGGGCAAGGGCGUCAAGUUCGUCGCCGCCGCGGCGCCCCUUGCGGCCAUCCCCGGCUGCUUCCAGUCUUUCAACGCCUGUGUCGCGCAGACCAACAGCUGCAGCGAGCACGGCAAGUGCAUCGACAAAUACGCGGCCAACGACGGCGGGAUCUCGUCGAGCAAGAGCCCUGUCGGCAGCUGCUUUGUGUGCCACUGCUUCAAGACGCUGAACCGCCCUGCGGACAGCCCCGGCGGCCUCAGCACGACGCAGUGGGCCGGGAACAUGUGCCAGAAGCAGGACGUCAGCGUGCCGUUCUGGCUGCUGACCGGUUUCACGGUGACGAUUGUGGGCGCCGUCAGCUUUGCGAUUGGCCUGCUGUUCAGCGUGGGCGAGGAGAAGCUGCCGGGCGUCAUUGGCGCAGGCGUCAGCCGGGCGAAGUAG